AUUUUAAAGUGUGCCUCGGGACUGUCCAUAAUUUUAAAGGGUGCCUCGGGACUGUCUAUAAUUUUAAAGGUUGCCUCGAGACUGUCCAUAAUUUUAAAGGGUGCCUCGGAACUCGGUCCAUAUAAUUUUAAAGGGUGCCUUGGGACUGUCCAUAAUUUUAAAGGGUGCCUCGGGACUGUCCAUAAUUUUAAAGGGUGCCUUGGGACUGUCCAUAAUUUUAAAGGGUGCCUUGACUGAAAAAAAGCUUAGUAGGGUUCAGCUCAUCCUAAUCAGAAGGUGC